AUGACAACAGCAGCAGCAGCAGGCCCAUGUGUUAAUUAUACAGCUGUAGCAGCAACAACAAUGUCAUCUGGUGGUUCUGCCAGAGACCAGGGCAAGAAUCUGGACAAUAUUCAGGGCAAGAAUGAGGGAGCUUUAGAAAAGAAUCAACUUAAACUAAACAAAAUUUCAAAAGAUGAAUUAGCCCAAAGAGAUGUCUUUGGCAGAACCAUCUUGCACAUCGCCAUUUUAUAUAAUGAAACAGACAACUUGCAAAAACUUGUCAAAAAUCCAAACUUUAAGAAUAUUUUACAGUCACUAGAUUAUGAGAACGGAUGGAAUUGUAUGCACUAUAUCAUACACUACAAAAGAGUCCAAUGCUUUACAAUCUUGGUAAAGUACCUACAAGGUGUCACCUUACAAAAUUUAUUUUUGCCCAAUGGACCAUUUAUUGAAUUGCUAAAAUGCAAGGAUAGAAGUGGAUUGACUCCGAUACAAUUGAUGGAUAUAAAAUCAUUUGAUCCAUUAUAUAUCGGAGCAGAUAAUGAGUUUUAUUUCAAAAAGGACAUGAAUCGCAUUGACAAAUUUGGUAAGACGAUUAAUGGCGAACAUAAUUUUGGAAAUGAAAAUGAAAAUGAGGAAGAGGAUGUAGAUGAAGAUGAAGAUGAAAAUGUACAGCAUGUAAGCAAAAAGUUCAACGAAACAAAAUCAACCAAGAGGCAUCACUUAUACGUCUUUGGUAGUAACUUGAACAAUCAACUUGGAUCAGGAGAUACAAAGGAUAGAAUCAUUCCAUCAAAAAUCAACAAUCAUGAAUCUUUUAGUGAUGUUUACGAUAACAUUGGCGCCAAUAAUUUGCAAUCAUUUUUGCAAACACCUUGUUUCCAAGAUAUCAACAUUACAAAACACCACUCGAUGGUCUUAACAACAAAGGGUGAAAUUUUCACAGCGGGUCACGGAUCCCGUGGUAGAUUAGGACAAGGCAAUGAAAAAAACUGCUCAACAUUUAAAAAAUUGGAUAUUUUCAACGAUAUACAUGGCUCUUACAAAAGAGUCGUCCUGAUUGCAACUUCCAAUAACCAUUCGUUAGCUUUGACAUCAAGCAAUGAGGUGUUUACGUGGGGGUUAAACAGUUUUAACCAAUUAGGAGUUAACUCCUCCAAGAAAGUGAAAAGUUACCUCGAUGACUUUAUAUCAUCACCCGUACUUGUAGGUGGCGAACUCCGUAAGCUGGGUGAAAAAAUCUUGGGUAUUGCAGUAUCCAAAAUACAUUCAGUAGCAUGGUCGAAGAACCAGUUAUUUUCAUGGGGUUUGAAUGUGGGCCAAAUGGGGAUCUCUUGUGCACAUGGGGAUAUUGAAAUAAAGCUUAAUAACGAGUCUUGGAAGGGUGAGGUCCAAUCAACACCAAAAGUCACUUUUCUUCGCGAUGAGAUCAAGUUGGUGAGCACAUCAGAAUUGUGCACUUGCGUAGUAACUGUGAUGAAUGAUAUACACGUGUAUUACAAUUACCAACAUUAUAAGCUUCCAAAAAUCAAAGUUAUCAAGGACCAUCACUUUGACAUUUUCAAACCUCGUAAGCUAACAAUGGCAGCUGUGGUUACCAAAGUCGUAACUCGUGGUCCAGACACAACAAUGCUUUUGCUCAGUGGUGGUUCAGUUUUAAGUUUUUCAAUAAGCAACAAUAACAACAGUAACAACAACAACAGUAACAGCAAUAACAAUGGCAAUAGCAAUAACAGUUUUAUUGGUACUGCUAAUACCCUGGAUAUCAAAAACACAAAGUACUCAACUGUUUGGAAACCUCAUUCGAACGAUAUGAUAGCUACUGAUAUCGACGUUGCCAACGAUGGAUCUUUAGUAUUGUGUACAAAAUCUGGUGCAGUCUAUUUGAAACCAUCAACUGCAUCGUCUACAACUACAGCAGGUGCUGUUCUUGGUGGUGUAGGCAGUGGUAGUCUUGGACAUCGCAGAGGCUCACUUAGUGCUGUGAGCUUACCAAUAAAUUUUGUGAGCAAAAAUAACAAGUUCAAAAAGAUUGAAGGUUUAAACAGAAUUAUCAAAGUGCACUGUGACCUGAAGUUUGCUUCGUUUGCGUUUGUACGCGAAGAUAUUAUGACCGUGCCAUUGGAACUUGCCAUGAAUGAUUUCUAUGAUGAUUUGAAACUGCUUUCGCCUGCUAGUGAAUUCAUUCCACAUAGAAAGCAGCAACAGUUGACGGAACAUUUAUGCGACACGUAUAUUACUUCUUUCAUGAACUCUGGUAAAGAUCACCAACGGGUUCAAUUACAAUCACAAUCUUUAAAAGGAUUUGCGGCAUCUUCAUAUGCGUUAUGCUUAGAAGAUGAUGAAAACCUGUAUCUCGAAAAGGGAUAUGAUUCAUUUAUUAUGGUAAAGGACACCAAAAUUCCAUUUCACAAGGAUAUUUUGAAAUACAUGUCACGAGCAUUUAAGGAAAUGCUAGAUGAAGCUAAUGACUUAAUAAUUGGUGAUACCUUUAGUGCACAAUGGGACUAUGAUAAAUCUGCAUUUUUAAUCACCUCCAAAGAGACGCUGCCACAAUCCGUUCUAUGUUUUGUGCAUUCUCUUUAUGAUCCAUUAUUCAAACUGGAAAGAAGCAGUGUUUCAAAUGUUUUAUUUGAUGAAUAUAUGGAAAUGUGCAAAGUUUUUGGAAUUAAACCUCACAACGACCUUUCAGGAAUGUUAUUUGAGAAACAAGAGCAAGAGCAAGAGCAAGAGCAAGAGGAAAGUGAAGAUGAAGAUGAGGAUGAAGUUAAAGACAAUGAAAAGGACAAGGUUUUUUCAUCCAAUGAUGGUGGUGACGUUGAGUUCACUUUGCAGGAUGGAAGUAUGCGGGCUCACUCUUUUCUAUUAGCAGCACGCUCGGCAUUUUUUGAAACAAUAUUGUCAAAUCGAUGGAAAAACUCUAUGCAAGUAGAUACUUUACCAAAACUCGAUUUCAGCGGUGUCUCUAAAAAGCAAAUGAAAAUCUUAUUGCUGCAUUUAUAUGGUGUUCCAAACUGUGAUCUUUUGAAUAUGCUUGGAUUUGAUAGUGAUCUGCAUCUAAAUCUGACCUUGUCCUUGUCCUUGAGCUCCAAGAGUUACAAAGACAAUCAUGGCAUAAAAGCAAACAAAAUGAACGAAGUUGAUAUAAUUAACGAAUUGUUGGAGUUGAUGGAAAUUGCAGACGAAUUGCUCUUGUAUCAGCUCCAGGAAAUGCUUGAACUGGCUCUUUGCGAAAUGAUUUAUUUGGACAAUGUCUUGGAGUUGGCUGUUUAUGCAGAUAUGUUGAAAGCUUGGAAGUUGUUUAUGAACUGUUGUUGGUAUAUAUACAAUAACUUGGAAGUACUUAUAUUUGAUCCUUCUAUGUUGGAUGUUCCUAGUGAAGUGCUUUCUAAAAUAGAAAGUCAAUGCAAGGUAUUUGACACAAUGGCAGUAAAGCAAUUCACCAAUAAGGAUGAACAGUUACAAAUUGGCAAAGAAACAAGUCAGAAUAGGGAAAACAAAGUUAAUGAGGAGAAAACUUUGGCAUCAAGCUUACAAUCUCAGUCUGUUAUCCCAGGUACUCGCUUGUUUGUUGAAAAUCUAUUACAAUUUAACGAAAUAUUCAUGAGCGACCGCAAAGGGUAUUCUUCUUUUGAGCCAUUGGUUGAUGCUAGACUUGAAGUGAAGAAGGUAAAAGAACCUACCAAAAGACGCAAGUCAAGGAAAAGCUCUUCAGCCUCAUCAGCAUCACUGCUUGCUGUAAUAAAAGAGUUUAGAGAUAACUAUACUUGGAAGGAAAUUGGAAAUAACAAAGCUUCGGAUCCUCGACUGGCAAUGUUGGCGAGUACAUCGGCUAGUCUGCGCCGCCUGAUCUCAGAUCUGCCUUUUAAUAGAGAAAAACUUUCCCCACCAGUUGAAUUGGCUGAUAGAAAUGGAAAAUCACUGGCAGUGAAGGGUGGAGUUGCAACUGCAACUGCAGCAGCAACAUCAACAUCAACAACAACAACCACAACAACGAUAUCAGACCCAACAUUAUUUUUAAAUUCAACUGGGUCCUCAACUUCAUCUUUGCCUUCAGUUUCUAACGUUGUAAAGACUAAAUCUACAAUUACGGCGACUCCAAUCUUUAAUGAAACCAUCUGGAAACCUCAAGAACCAACCGGUGCGCCAUCGCCACUUCUUAUCAAACCUUUAGUUUCAACCCUGGAUAUCAAACCUGAAAAUUCCAAACAGUAUAAACAUCGCAUUGGUCCUCAUAUCAAGCUUUCACAAAAAGAGCGAAAAAAGUUAGUUGCUGCGUCAGCUGCAAAGGAACGAAUUCUGGAUAAAUUGAAGCCAGAGGCUAUUAGUGGCAGUAGUGUUGCACCAUGGGCAAAUACUAGUGCAAAUACCAGCAAUGAUCAGAUCAAUACGACAUUUCCUGUUUUGGGAGUAGCGAAUGGUAGUAGUAGUGGUGGUUGUGGUGGUUGUGGUGGUAGUAAUGGUAGUAAUGGUAGUAAUGGUAGUAGUACUAAGAAUAAGAAGUUGCCUAUUGCUAUGUCAACCAAACGAGCAACAUCUCCCAAUGGGUCAAAAUCACCAAAUGAUCCUUAUUCGGGAAACAUGCUUUAUAAUUUGUCAAAUCCAUCUUUCUCGAGUGUUUAUUCUACACCCUCAUUAGCUGAGGUAAAGGCGUUUAAAGCGCGUGAUGACGUUUUUGAAAGGAUGAAUGAUACCAAGACUACGACCAAGACACUUUCUGAGAUUAAGCAAGAGCAAGAGUUUGAAAAGUGGUGGCAAGAAGAGUCUAAACGAGUGCAAAGAGAAAUGGGUAUUGUGGAUGAUACAACAUUGGAUAAUAAGGGAAAAAAUGGGUCGUCAAAGUCACGUAAUAAGCAAGCUGCAGAGUCAGAGCCCAAUUCUGGGUCUAGUUUAAAAUCAAAAUCGAAAUCUCAAUCGAAAUCAAAAUUGCAACUGAAACUGCAACUGAAUUCACGAAAAGAACCAGGCCUGGAAAUAGAAUUAGAACAUACUUUUGUUUCUCAGCCCAGAUCACAAUCCCGAUCUAAUGGCUCUUUUUCAAAACAAAAUGGGGAAAAAAAAUUACCCGUGAGCUAA